AAAGCUAAGGCCUUUGAAGAUCUGGAAUCCCCUAGUUUGGGGAGGGGGUGAGGUGUGUAUGGCGCUGAGCUGGGAGGAGAGGGAAGGCCAAUAAAGAGCUUGUGGACAAGAGGCUCUCCGAGUCCAGAGAUCAGAGCUCUCGAGGCGCGGGGUGCGGAGGGCGGCCGAACACGCCGGGCGGCUUCUGGUGGCGACCGACUGUUUUCCUGUCACAGGAAGUUGGGCCUGGCCGCUGGGAAAGUGAAGGGAAGGAGAAAUGAGAAAGCGGUGACGGUCCCCCGCCCCCCAGGUGACUGUCCCACCCACUGAAUUGAAUGUAGUGGCCCGGGAGGUCCUCGGCCCCCCACACGGGUGAGACGAGGAGGAGCACGAUUCAGACUCCAGCGAGAGAAGCGGAAAGGGAUUUCUUUGUUUUAUAAAGCAAUGGGAAAUCCAGAAAACAUAGAAGAUGCGUACGUUGCUGUUAUUCGGCCAAAGAAUGCUGCCAGUCUCAAUUCUCGGGAAUACAGAGCUAAGUCAUAUGAAAUUUUGUUGCAUGAAGUUCCCAUUGAAGGACAGAAAAAAAAGAGAAAGAAGGUUUUGUUGGAAACUAAACUUCAGGGCAACAGUGAAAUAACACAAGGCAUAUUGGAUUAUGUAGUAGAAACCACCAAACCAAUGUCUCCUGCAAACCAGGGUAUCAGAGGAAAACGAGUGGUACUAAUGAAGAAAUUUCCUCUGGAUGGGGAGAAGAUGGGCAGAGAAGCGGCAUUAUUUAUUGUUCCAUCAGUUGUCAAAGAUAAUACUAAAUAUACGUAUACUCCAGGAUGCCCAAUUUUUUACUGCUUACAAGAUAUUAUGCGAGUCUGUAGUGAAUCCAGCACUCACUUUGCUGCACUUACAGCAAGAAUGUUAAUAGCCUUGGAUAAGUGGUUAGAUGAACGUCAUGCACAAUCUCACUUUAUUCCGGCUUUAUUCCGACCUUCUCCUCUUGAGCGGAUAAAAACUAAUGUUAUAAACCCUGCAUAUGCUACUGAAUCAGGUCAGACAGAAAACUCACUACAUAUGGGCUAUAGUGCACUAGAAAUAAAGAGUAAAAUGUUAGCCCUAGAGAAAGCAGAUACCUGUAUUUACAACCCUUUGUUUGGAUCAGAUCUUCAAUAUACAAACCGGGUAGAUAAAGUGGUAAUAAAUCCAUACUUUGGUCUAGGAGCUCCAGACUACUCAAAAAUCCAAAUUCCCAAACAGGAAAAAUGGCAGAGAAGCAUGAGCAGUGUCACAGAAGACAAGGAACGACAGUGGGUAGAUGAUUUUCCUCUCCAUCGAAGUGCCUGUGAAGGAGAUUCGGAAUUAUUAAGCCGACUUCUCAAUGAAAGAUUUUCAGUCAACCAAUUAGAUAGUGACCACUGGGCACCCAUUCAUUAUGCAUGCUGGUAUGGAAAAGUUGAAGCCACUCGCAUAUUGUUAGAGAAGGGAAAGUGCAAUCCAAACCUUUUAAAUGGACAACUUAGUUCUCCUCUUCAUUUUGCUGCUGGAGGAGGACAUGCUGAAAUAGUACAGAUUCUCCUAAACCAUCCAGAAGUUGACAGACACAUAACAGACCAACAAGGAAGAUCUCCUUUAAAUAUUUGUGAAGAAAACAAACAAAAUAAUUGGGAAGAAGCUGCAAAAUUGUUGAAGGAAGCCAUUAACAAACCAUAUGAAAAAGUUCGAAUAUACAGAAUGGAUGGAUCAUACCGUUCUGUUGAACUGAAGCAUGGAAAUAAUACCUCAGUGCAGCAGAUAAUGGAAGGAAUGCGUCUCUCUCAAGAAACACAGCAAUAUUUCACUAUUUGGAUCUGUUCAGAAAAUCUCAGCCUUCAACUCAAGCCUUAUCAUAAACCAUUGCAACAUGUUCGUGACUGGCCAGAAAUACUUGCUGAAUUGACUAAUUUGGAUCCCCAAAGGGAGACACCACAGCUUUUCCUAAGAAGAGAUGUGAGACUUCCUUUGGAAGUUGAGAAAAAGAUUGAAGACCCAUUAGCUAUUCUUAUUCUCUUUGAUGAAGCCAGAUAUAAUUUAUUGAAGGGCUUUUAUACGGCUCCUGAUGCUAAACUGAUAACAUUGGCAAGUCUACUGUUGCAGAUAGUUUAUGGAAAUUAUGAGAGUAAGAAACACAAGCAAGGUUUCCUAAAUGAAGAAAAUCUAAAAUCCAUUGUACCUAUUACAAAAUUGAAAAGUAAGGCACCUCACUGGACAAACCGAAUACUUCAUGAAUACAAGAAUCUUAGUACAAGUGAAGGUGUCAGUAAAGAAAUGCAUCACCUACAGCGCAUGUUCUUACAGAAUUGUUGGGAAAUUCCUACAUAUGGAGCAGCUUUUUUCAUAGGACAGAUAUUUACAAAGGCAAGCCCCAGUAAUCAUAAAGUCAUCCCUGUGUAUGUAGGUGUGAAUAUAAAAGGACUUCAUCUUCUCAAUAUGGAAACUAAGGCUUUACUCAUCAGUCUUAAGUAUGGUUGUUUUAUGUGGCAGUUGGGAGAUGCUGAUACAUGUUUUCAGAUCCAUAGUAUGGAAUAUAAAAUGAGCUUUAUAGUACAUACAAAACAGAUUCCACAUAUAAGCAAUAUCAUGAUUAAAAAAAAAAAAAUGAAGCCCACGCACUGCAAUGAAGAGUAGCCCCCGCUGGCGGCAACUAGAGAAAGCCCGUGCGCAGCAACAAAGACCCAACGCGGCCAAAAAUAAAUAAAUUAAAAAAGAAUCUUUAGGGAAUUCCCUGGCGGUCUAGGGGUUAGGACUCUCGCUUCCAUUGCAGGGGGCAUGGGUUUGAUCCCUGGUGGGGGAACUAAGAUCCUGCAAGCAGCACCGUGUGGCCUAAAAACAAACAGAAAAACGAGAAAAGAAAAAGGGAUCCUUAAUAUCGCUAGAGAAAAACAGAUCAAUAUAUUUUAGAGCACAUUCAUUUAUGGAUUUUUUAAUGGGUAUCAUGAGAAAUAGGUGUUUAAAAUGCCUUUAAAUGUACACAAUAAAAAGGAAAGCAAAAGAAUCAGGGAAUUUAGAGCAACUGGAACUCCUACAUAGCAAUAGCAAUGCAAAAUGGCACAACCAUUUUCAAAAACAGUUUGGUAGUUUCUUCUAAGUUAAAUAUAUACCAACUGUAGGACCCAGUCAUUCCACUCCUAAGAAUUUAUCCAAGAAACAAAAACAUGUUCACAUAAAAAUUUGUAUGCAAAUAUUUAUAGCAUACAUUUCUCAUUUUUUCAUAAUUCAUAAUGAAAUGUAAUUACUCAUAACUGCCCCAAACUAGAAACAUGCCAAAUAUCCUUCAGUGGGUGAGUGAAUAAACAAACUCAGGUACAUCCAUACAAUGGAAUACUACUCAGUAACAAAAAAUAAACUGUUGAUGAACAAAAUGGAUGAAUUUCAAAUGCAUUAUGGUAACUGAAAGCCAGACUCAAAAGGUUACAUACUGUAGCAUUCCUUUUAGAUGACAUACUGGAAAAGGCAAAACUAUACAGUCAGAAAGCAAAUAAUGAUUAUCAGAGGUUAAGAAUGGGGGUGAGGGGAUGUGGGGAUAUAAAGGGGCAGCACAAACGAAUUUGGGGGAGUAAAAACUGUUCUAUAUCCUCAUCAUGAUUGACAAAUACUCGGUGUAUUUGUCAAAUCUCACAAAACUGUACAUCAGAAAGGAUUCUACAUAAAUUUUAAAAGUACAUUAAAGAAACGAAUCACAACUUGCUAUACAAGUGUUGAAAAUUUACCAAAAAUAUAUGUAGAUUUAAUGGAAAUAUAAGUCAGUAUUCAAAUUCUAAUAGUGAGUGGUCAAAGAAGAUUCACAGCUUAUACGUUCAGAAAUGCAGACAACUAUAAAAAGUGGAAAAAUACAAAUCUUUGCUAACAAAAAUGCAAAACAACCUUAUUAAAAUAGUUAAAAUAGUAUGAAAUAAUAAAACAACUAAUUACAUUAAUAAAAAUCAAUGACAACGCAGGAUUAAGACAACAUAUGAGAAUAUAUUCUGGGUAGUACUGAAAAUUGGUUUAAUCUGCUGCUAAAGCCAUCUGGGAAAUGUUUACUCUCCUUGACCUGAUGAUCCCACAUUGAGGACAAUCCAAGGAUGAGCCCACUAUCCCCACUUUCUCAUUUGCAGUGCUCUACUGGCACAAGUUCCCUUACUUGCCUAGGGAGUAAACCAUAUGUGAUGCAAUUCAACAGGGGAAAAAAGUAAUAGUUGUCUAACAUUACUGUAAAACUGGAAGAAAAUUGUACAGUUAAAAAUAAUAUAUACCUAAGGCAAUUGCUUUUAAAACAAGUCUCCACCAGAGCAUUCCAAAUGCUUUAGUUGUUACAGGAUCAUGUAAUAAUGCCAUUAACUCAAUUAUAUGAUCAAAUAAUGUAUGUAUAAUCUCAAACCAGUAGUCAGCGAAUCAUUUGUUGAUUUUGGAAUAUGUUAUGUUUUAAUAACAUGCCUUCCCAGUUAUAUUUUACAGAUGCUGAUAAUACUUGUUUGUAUUUACUGCAUACUAGUAGGGCAAUGAAAGGGAAAGAACCUAAAAUGGCAAGUCAUAUAUGGAUAGAAAAACAGAUAAAUUUUUCACUUAAUUCAAAUAUGCACCAUUUUUCCUUUCUGGAUUGUUGGCUUUCAAUUAAUUUUGAAUUUAGUUUCGUACAUAUAACCACUAGGAGGAAGAAAAGCCAAAUCUGGAUUUUUAAUUUAUUUCAGCCACUUCACUCACAAAUAAUUUACUGUAUAUAGUUAAAAGUUGGAUUUUAAUUAAUUUUAUCUGAACUUUGGCUUACUUGUUAAGUUACCUCCUAUCUUAAAAUACAUGGAUAUUCACACACCACUCAUUGUUUUAUAUUGUAUAACAGUUUAAAAGCAGGGUUUCACUAUGUGGUAUAAAGUUAAUUACAUUUUUCCCUCUUUCUUAGUCAUAAUCAUUGAAAUGGUAAAUAUAUCACUUCUCAUUUACAUUACUGUAUAAAUGAGGAAAGAUUCAGAAACAGACAUUUUCCAAGAUGGAUUAAAUACUAUUAUAGGAGUUACCACAACAAAAUGUUUUUGAAACUUAGCUUAUUUUCAAGUUCUAAACAAAAUUUGAGACAAUUCUUAGGUAGAAGUAAUCCCAGUCUGCUUUUUAAGGUGGAGUUUAAAUCACAAGUCAGAACCUUAGUAUUUAAAUUCCUUAAAAGAAACGGGAGGAGGGGGAUAAGAAAACUACCUGUAUUAUGAAGACCAAAGGUAAUAUAAAUUGCAAUAUUAAGAUUAAAAAGCUUUUUUCACCUCUACCUUAUGCUGAGUAAAGAAGGUAAGUAUACUAAUUAGUACUCUAAUGCUCUUGAUUAAACAAAUACCAGACCUCUGGAACACUAGCAAAUUAUAUGUAUUUCCAACAGUAUGAUAGGGACAUAAAAACAGACAUAUAUGUCAAUGGAAUAGAACAGAGAGCCCAGAAAUGAGCCCACACAUAUAUGGUCAGUUAAUUUAUGACAAAGGAGCCAAGAAUACACAUUGCGGAAGGGAUAGUCUCUUCAAUAAAUGGCGUUGGGAAAACUGGACAGCCAUAUACAAAACAAUGAAACUGGAUCACUAUCUUACACUGUACACCAAAACUAACUCAAAAUGAAUUAAAGACUUUAACUUAAGAUCUGAAACCAUAAAACUAGAUGAAAGCAUAGUGGGUAAGCUCCUUGAUAUACAUCUUUGUGAUGAUUUUUUGAAUUUGACACCAAAAAAUCACACACACACACACACACACACA